CUGGCCUCUCCUGCCUCCCUCUUCCCCUGCCCAGCCUGGCAUCGGCACAGUCCACACACUGCUCUCCUUGCAGCCAACACAGGCCUCCCGACCACAGGGAAAACCAUGGAGACUUCAGGACCUUCUUCCCAGACUCAAGAUCACAGUCGAGUCCCUGGAGAAACAGAAGAUCUGGACUAUGGAGAGACGGAUUUCCACAAGCAAGACAGGGAAGCUGGACUCUUUCCUCAAGAACAACCCAAGAGAGACAAGUGUUUUUCCUCCUCCUCCUCCUCUUCAUCUUCUUCCUCCUCUUCCUCUUCGUCAUCCUCCUCUUCUUCAGGGAGCAGUGAUGAGGACCAGCAUCCCAGAGUAACUGGAAAACGUCGGCAGAGCCAAGGGGCUGGACACCCUCCCAGGGACAGCUCACCUGGUGCUGUGCAUGAGGAGCCUGACCUUUUGAAGGAUGAGCUUCAGCUCUAUGGAGGUGUCCCCGGAGAGGUGGUGCCCUCUGGAGAAUCAGGACUCCGAAGGAGAGGCUCUGACCCAGCAAGUGGAGAAGUGGAAGCCUCUCAGUUAAGAAGACUGAAUAUAAAGAAAGAUGAUGAGUUUUUCCAUUUUGUCCUGCUCUGCUUUGCCAUUGGGACCUUGCUGGUGUGUUAUCACUAUUACGCAGACUGGUUCAUGUCCCUUGGGGUCGGCCUACUCACCUUCGCCUCCCUGGAGACCGUUGGCAUCUACUUUGGGCUUGUGUACCGGAUCCACAGCGUCCUACACGGCUUCAUCCCCCUCCUUCAGAAGCUUAGGCUGAUGGGGUUCAGGAAGACCGACUGAGGCUGAGGCAGGGCCGACAGCCAGGCUGAGCCCCACCAUGAUGGCCACUGCAUCUCCCGAGUGCACAAGGACAGAGCCACGUUCUGGGAGACACGCGGGCGGGCUAGGCUAGAGCAAUAAAGAGAGCUCUUUUCCUUCCAUGUAGUCUGAACGUUGGCACCGGCCCAGGCCUAAGUAUCAUUCGGGCAGCACUGGCAUGCAGUCCAGCUGCCAGGAUGACAUGCAGAGGGAAGGUGCCAGGCCUAUCUCCUCCAAGUUACCUGGAUCAAGCAGGAGGAUUCUAGGAUGUCACUGCUCUCAGGAGACAGUAGGAGACCCCUGGGCCCUACAAGCUAUAAUCUGUGUGGGCUUCAGAUUUCUCUAGAGUCCCUAGGGCAUCCAGGUGGGCUCUUCAUCUUUUGAAUCAACGAGGAAAGACAGACAGCCCACUGACAUAAGGCAAGGAACCAUCAUGCCAGGCCCCCAGGUGAACCUGAUACAGGUGAGAUGUUGGGGACUAAAGCCACAGCACCUUGUCUCAGCCCCAUCACCUAGCACCAGCCCUGCUGCCUUGGAUUCCAUCAAGAUUCAAAUAAACAUUUUCUUCCCUGGACUAAAAAGAAUCAGCUAAAUGUUCCUUCAGGUUUCUUGAGCAUGAGAACACACUGGGAGUCUCCUUUGACCCCAUCUAGUUGGGGAGGGCACCUUGUCUACUGGAUAAGGUGUAAAAGGGAAUAAAUGUAAAGUCCCUUGAUGGCACAAGUUCAGAAACAGGGUUUUACAAACAUUGCUAUGAAAAGAUCUGGGGCUGUUAGGUACUCUAAGCCCAACAAAUACCAAAGCAGUAAAAUAGGAGCACACAUACACAAAAAUCUGUUGCAAACUUGGGUUUCGUAAAUGGAGGUACAGAGUCUAGAUUGAAGGAGGUGACAGUAGAUCCUACUUUACACAGCUAGUCCACACCAACAGCAUGUAUUCAGAUCUGGAUUCGCAUGUCAAGAACAAUAGUGACAAGCUAGAGAACACCCAGAAGAAACCAGAGUGAGAAAAUAAAGAACGACCGAAGAAAUGAGAACUCUUCAACUUGCAGAAGAGGAAAGUGGGACCUUCACUGAGCUCACAGACUCUUGGAGGAUAUUUUCUCAAGUGUUUUUGAUGGUCCAGGUACAGUCACAUAUGUUAUCUGGUUUAAUUCUCAUAGCAGCUUUGAGAGGUGUCAAUCAUCCUCAUUUUGCAGAUGGUGAAACAGAGACUCAAAGAAGUUUAGUAACUUGUUUGAGUUCCUACAGUAAGUGGCGGAGCUGUGAUUUGAACCCAAACCUGUGUUCUCCUUACUCUGAGCUUCCUUACAAAGUGUGGCUAGUCUCGGCCCCCAUCCCAGGCACAGCAGCCCUGAGGCUGCUGCAGUUUUUCCCAGUGUUUCCCAAACUUUGGGAUUUCUCAAAGUUAGAGAAUAUUUUUUACAAAGUGACAGGAGGGGGGCGCCUGGCUGGCUCAGUCCGGGGAGUGUGGGACUCUUGAUCUCAGGGUUGUGAGUUCUAGCCCUGUGUUGGGUAUAGAGAUUACUUAGAAAUAAAACCUUUAGGGGUGUCUGGGUGGAUCAGUCGGUUAAGUGUGUGACUCUUAAUUUCGGCUCAGGUCACGAUCUCAUGGUUCAUGAAUUUGAGCCCUGCAUCCGGCUCUCUGCUGUCAGCACAGAGCCCAUUUUGGAUCCUCUGUCCUCUUCUCUCACUGCCUCUCCCCCACUUGCUGUCUCCCCCCCAUCUCUCUCUCCCUAUCUCUCUCUCUCCCUCUCUCUCUCUCUCUCAAAAAUAAACAUUAAAAACAAUCUUUAAAAAGAAGAAAAUCUGGGGCGCCUGGGUGGUUCUGUCGGUUAAGCGUCUGACUUCAGCUCAGGUCAUGAUCUCACAGUCUGUGAGUUCAAGCCCCGUGUUGGGCUCUGUGUUGACAGCUCAGAGCCUGGAGUCUGCUUCAGUUUCUGUGUCUCCCUCUCUCUUUGCCCCUCCCCUGCUCAUGCUCUGUCUCUCUCUGUCUCAAAAAUAAAUAAAAACAUUAAAAAAAAAAAAGAAAAUCUUAAAAAAAUAAUUAAAUAAAAUAAAAAGUAGGAAGAGGGCUGCCAACUCUCCCUUGAUAACUGAGGACAAUAAAAACAACAAAAAACAUCAACUUUCAGCAUCAUUUUGUGAAAGAAACAAUAGUUUUACACCAAAAAAGCAGGGAAAUUAUCAUCAGAAGCAAAAUAAGGUUUUAAAUGAAUAAAUGGAGCUUUAUGAAAAUGGUACUGUAUGAAAAUGCCCUUUUUCCUCAAAUCACUGUGGUUUGGUAAAAAAAAUCUUCUUUGGGAAACCAUGAAACUAGAGAAUUAAAUUCCUGAGGACUCGUACAUCCUUUUUUUUCUACUCGUGUUCUAAGACACCUCUCUCAAUGAAGCUUAAGGCAUUAUUUCAGAAGAAUAGUGACCUACGGGUAGGGAAUG